CAGUAUUACACACAGCACUGCCUUCGUCUGAACACUGGAGACAACCACUGUUCUCUCUCAGGAUUUCAGCACAUCACCUCUCUGGUGAAAUGAAAGGAUUUCUAAGUUACCUUGUUGCUGCCACGGUGCCUUGAUUCAACGAUUUCUCCGUUCUCCAGGUUCUGAGACCUGGAGCAUGCUGUUUUAUGUGGAGCCUUUCAAAAGACCAAUUUCAAGGACUGUUGCAAAGCUGUGGAAGUUUGCUUCUUCAUGUUUUAAUCCCCAUUUGGGUUAAAACCUGAAAAACUGAGACCUUAACUAGCGAGCACUGGGGCAAACACCAGCAGUUAAAAGUGUGUCAACAACACCUUAAACAAACAGGAAGUCUCUUUAAUAAGGUAAGGCUCAUUCUUGCAGCAUCGACAUCACUUUGAUUGACAUGUGCAAUGACUACAAACUUCCAGUUAGUGUGACCUGGACCUUGUCAUCCCAACAAUGCUUUGAUGGCCGCCUGGUAAGAAUAGCUUCCUGCACGGAGCAUGAGAGGUGACUGUUUUUAUUGUGACGAGCUGUGGAAGACACAGCAGUCAGGUUGUAGCUGCGCUGAAGAAGACAACAACCCAGUCCACUGGAAACAAUGGGAGCAACCAAUCUCCUCUUCAUCACCUUAAGUCAGAGUGUGCCUUUUACUGGUAAAACCUGGUGGGUGUUGAUGCUGUUCUUGCGCCUGUUGGUGGAGCUGCUGGCUGGCUUCACCCUCUUCAGUGACGAGCAGGAGAGAUUCAUCUGUAACACCAUCCAACCAGGCUGCUCCAACGUGUGUUUUGACGUCUUUUCCCCGGUGUCCCUGCUCCGUCUCUGGUUGUUGCACCUCAUCCUCCUCUGUCUACCACAUGUGCUAUUUGCAACCUACGUCAUGCAUAAGCUAAUGCAGCUACACAGGAGCCACAGAGGUUCUCCUGAGAACACUGGAGAGCUGUCCUUAACCAAGACCCAUCUUCACGCCCCGUCACAGGAGUGGACGUCACCAGGCUUCCACUGCUCGUACCUGCUCGUAGUAUUUGUACGUCUACUUGUGGAGAUGGCCUUCGGUGCAAGUCAGUUUUUUCUGUUCGGUUUGUCUGUCCCAAAGAGUUUCCUCUGUUACGAAGCCCCCUGCACGUCAGGGGUGGAAUGCUACGUCUCCAAACCGACCGAAAAGACGUUGAUGCUCAACUUCACGCUGGGUGUCACCUUCCUGUCUAUUCUGGUGAGUCUGGUCGACAUGGUGACCUCCAUGAAGGCCAUGGUGAGAUGGAGGAGGAAGCGGGAGUGGCUGACGCAGGAGAUCAGCAAAGGAGAGCAGAACAGCAUGUUUACCACCGCGACCGACGACAACGACGGCCUGUUAAGUAGGAGAAUGAGCCCAGGUGUGAGUUCAGGUGAUGAAAAACUACACCAUCCAAAUAACCAGUCUAAUACCAGUGGCCCGGCACUGAAGUCUACUGGAUCCACCAAUGAGAAGACACAAGAAAAUGUCUCUCCUCCGCCGUCUCCCCUGAGUCCAGCGCCAACUCCCUUUGUCCUUCACAGACACAUGAAACCUCCACUGUACCCUCGCCCAGACUGCAGACCACCACCACUGAACCUGAGGGUCCCAACUCCCCCUGGUGUCAGACAGCUGGACCAGAGCAGCCCAGUGGGAACCAGUUCAGACAGUAGUGACUCACAGGACAAGAGGGCGUGGGUGUAGUGGAGGAAACACGCCGUGCUGCCAUCACUACUAGGGUUUUACAAUGGAACACAUAGAAUACUCUUUUUUUUUUUUUUUGGGGGGGGGGGGGGUUGUUCUUAAAAUUCUGGUGAUUUCUUCAGAUAGUAGGACAUUUCUUAAGACUUUGUGUGCACUGAAACGCCUGCUUAUACAUUUACAAAUAAAUAUAGAACAUAUUAUUAAUUCAAAGAGGUGUAGGGGGAGGUGUAUGGUCCAGGUCUGUUGUAGAGUGGACGUCUGUGUGUCCAGGUCACCUCUGUCCCUAAACCAAACUCAGUGUGACCUUGAUAACACCAUGUGUCAUGGAGCUCAGCUGUUGUCUGGAUUAUUGAGUGGCGGCAACAAUAGACUAACUGACCCGACCCCUGGCGUCUUACAUGCCUGCUGGACAAACCCAGCCUUGACCUGCGUCCACACCUCACUGUCUUGUUUGUUGGUUGUUUUUUGAAGUUUAUUCUGUAUUUUUUAAAGUUAGACUUAGCUGUUUUUUGUUUAAAAUCCAGUUUCCGAUGCAACUGAAAC